UCAUUUUCCAAAUUCUUUUCUUUUCCCGCAUCUUUCUUUUUUAUUUUUUGUUCCUUAAAAAGUAUCUGCGUCAGGGAGGAGACUCUAUCUCCUCCUCGGUCGUUUGUUCGCCCGGCUACUGCCAAUCUUAGCCAGUCCCUGCUGCCUAACGUCCAUCGUCACAACCCAGCCCGCCGCCGCCUACCGCCCGUCGUUACUCACCAGUUAAUACCCUAGUCACAUCAAGGGACAAGGGUGCUAAAAGAAGAUCAAAAUUUCAUGUCUUCAAGUAGCAGAUCAUACGACUCUGAAGAUCUAUUCAGGAAGGAAGUUGGAUUCUUUUUUGAUACUGCACCUACGCUUAAAGAUCAUGCUUCCAUAAGCAAAAAGUUAAAGAGAUUUAUUGAGCUCAAUUCUCAUGCGUCUGAAAAUGGAGCGUCUAUGAGGAAGAUUGUCUGUGUUACCUCAGGUGGCACAACUGUUCCCCUUGAGCAAAGAUGCGUCCGUUAUAUUGAUAACUUCAGUUCAGGACACAGAGGGGCUGCUUCAACAGAGUACUUUCUCAAGCAUGGAUAUGCAGUUAUCUUCUUGUAUCGGAGAGGAACGUUCCAGCCAUAUUGUAGAUCUUUGCCUGAUGAUCCUUUGCUUGAAUGUUUUGAAUUGGAUAGUGAUUCAAAUAUUCGAGUGCAGCAGUCACAUGCUGAGGCAGUAAGGAAGACAGUUAUGAAUCACCAUGCAGCACAUGAAUUAGGGAUCUUGUUAAAACUACCUUUCACGACCAUAUUUGAGUAUCUACAGCUUUUGCAGAUGAUUGCAAUUGCACUAAGAGAUCUUGGGCCACAUGCUAUGUUCUAUCUUGCUGCUGCUGUCUCAGAUUUCUAUGUUCCUUGGGAGACCAUGGAAGAACAUAAGAUUCAAUCUGCGGCAGGACCCCUAGAUAUGCGUCUUGCUCAAGUGCCAAAGAUGCUCUCUAUGCUCAGAAAGGACUGGGCCCCUCAAGCUUUUUGCAUAUCCUUUAAGUUAGAAACAAAUUCGGAAAUCCUGUUGGAGAAAGCUUCUUUGGCGCUUAAGAAGUACAACAUGCAUGCAGUCAUAGCUAAUGAAUUAGCUACUCGCAAAGAGGAGGUGACGGUGGUCACUCCAGAUGGGAAAACUUGUAUUCGUCGUGAAGUCGGAGAUGACAUAGAGAAUCCACUGGUUGAACUUCUUGUAGAGAAGCAUAUGACGCAUGUCGCUGGUACGCCACAAAAUCAAUGAUCAGAUGAAACAUGUUAUUUCCCGCGGAAUGUGUCAAUUGUUAAGUUGGGUUAGGAGUAUUUCUUUGAUGAACAACCAUACAACAACGAUAGGAGCUUCUAGUCUGGAGAAAGUAAAUAACAUAUGGUCAACCUAAGUUGUAAUAAGAGCAACUUUAAAUUUGAAGUGUAUAAUUGAAUGAAUUGAAAUUAGCUUCCAAUUUGAAGGAUUAGGAAUGGAAUCAAAUCAGCAAAUCCAUUAUUUAAUGUUUGUUUUGUUUGUGUGGAUAAUGUUUUCAUUACUUUAUCAUUUAAACAGUUCGUUUACUUUGUUAUAACGACAUGGGAGAACAAAAAAAAAAAAAAAAAAAAAAAAAAAGCAAAUCACGACAUUCU